CCCUAGAAAAAUAUAGAGAGAGAAGCGGCGAGAAAGUUCAGAGAGAGAAAGAAAAUGAAAGAUUAAAUAUAAAAGUGAAAUUUUAGUCUAGAGAGAGAAACAAGAAAAGUAGGGAGAGAGAGAAGUUUUCCCUCACUCUAGAAAGAGAAAAUUUUGAGAGAGAGAGAUAGAGGAGCAAUUUAAGCUCACAUGAAGGUUGAUUCUUAGAGACUCAUUUCAAGAUUUUUUUCCCCAGAUCAUAGAGAGAGAAAGUAGGGAAAGUGUGUGAGUGAGAAAGAGAGAGAUAAUAUAUUUAGUAAUUUUAGAUCUUUUUUUUCUUUCUUAAUUACACGUAAUAAAUGUUUGUAUAUGUAUUAGAUCCUUUAUGAUAAUAUAUAUAGUUGGAAGCUAAUCUUGUUGUGUUGUCUGGAACCUGUAAUUUGGGCACAACUUGCCGGGCAAUAAAGAGUGAAAUUUUCUCUGCAAUUAGAGAGAGAAAUUGUUCAGAGAGAUUACUGGAAUUGGGAUAUCGGUGUUCGCGUUGGAUUGUGCCGCCGAUUGAUCGUUCCGGCGGCGAUGGCGGAGCGGAGAGAACGGAUGGUGGAUGAGUUGUACAAUGCGACCGAGUCGAUUGAGAAGCCGGAGGCAUAUAACACCAGUCUUGAGAGGGAGUUAUCUGAUGCAAGGGCCUGUAGAUGAGGCGGAUCAUGACAUUGAGAAGAAUAUGGUGAGAUAACCGGGUAUCUCCUCGACCUGAAACAGAAUUUGGUAAGUGUUCCAUGAGUAAGAAAGUUCAUAUGAAAGGUGAGUCUGGGACUUGUAACGUGUGCUCUGCUCCUUGUUCAUCUUGUAUGCAUCCGAACCGAGCUCUCAUGGGGUCAAGGACUGAGGAGUUUUCUGAUGAAAGCUGUCGUGUAAAUGUGGCCAGUCAGUAUUCUGUAAAUGAGAGUGGUACUUUAUCUUCUCUUAAGAGUAGAGCAUCUGAUAACUUACAGCAUACCACCAGUGAAACAAGUAACCUCCACAGUGUUAAUUCCAGUCAUGAUUCUUUCUCUGAAAAUGCUGAUAGUAAAGCAACCUUAAGGUCGACUAUCAUAUCUGAUGCUUCAGAAGUUGUUGAGAUGCUUCCAAAGUUGGCUUCUGGAGGAACUAUCGCUGAGGAUCAACUUUCUUCCAAACCACGGCGUGGUUUGGACCAGAGAACCUUCUCAAAUAAGUAUGAGGAAAUUAAGGAAGAAGGCCACGAUGAUAACAUUUCAUGUGUCAGACCCAAUGAUGCUGCUGUAGUGUUCAGUAAUUGUAACAGGAACAUAAAUAGUAGCACAGUUUCAGGUGGUAGUUUAGCUCUAGAGGGAUCAUGGAAGGGGACCCAAUUCAACAAGUUAGACUCAUCAGAGAUUCCUUCUUCUAAAGAUGCAGAUGCUAGCAGUAGAUCACUGAAUGUGCAAAGUCCAUACACCGAUUCUCGUAAUGCUAAAUCUCUUUCUUACAAUACAAACUUUACAGAUUUAGAAGAGAAUCCAUCUUCUCAUGUCCAGGAUAAAGUUCUGGAAUGCUCAAUGGACCAUAUGAAUUCAUCAUUAACUAAAGAGGUAGCAUCUGAAAUUGUUUCUGUCCGCAAAUCAGUUUCACAUAAAGCUAGCCACACUGGCGGCAGUUCUGAGGUUUCAAUGAAAAACUAUACAAAGUCAGAAGCAGAGACUAACAAGGAUAGUGGGGACCGAAUAGAUGAAGAGUUGAAAUCUUCAGAUCGAGAUGAGCACAACAAUAAGUCUAAUGAGUUGGUUGAGUCACCUGACAUGCAGGAGCCUCCGUUGCAAUCUGGUUCUGGAGAUGAGAGUGAUGAAUCGGACAUUGUGGAGGAAGAUGUAAAAGUAUGUGAUAUUUGUGGGGAUGCAGGUCGUGAGGAAAAGCUUGCUAUAUGUAGUAGGUGCAGUGAUGGUGCAGAGCACACCUAUUGCAUGCGAGAAAUGCUCCAGAAAGUUCCUGAUGGUGACUGGCUGUGUGAAGAAUGCAAGUUCGCUGAGGAAUCUGAAAACCAGAAGCAAGCUGAGGAAUCUGAAAACCAGAAGCAAGCUGAGGAAUCUGAAAACCAGAAGCAAGGUUCAGAAGUUGAGGGAAAAAGAACAAACAAAGUUGGUUCAAGUACACAUGUUUCUGCCAAGAGGCAUGCAGAAAAUGUAGAAGUGGCUUCAGCAAAAAGGCAGGAGCUUGAAAUAGGUACAGAAUCACCAAAGCCGUUGAGUCCCAGUAGAAUAUUUACUGGAUCACCAAGGCCAUCAAGUCCCAGCAAAUUAGUUGCACUGUCUCGGGAUUCUUCAUUCAAGAGCUUAGACAAGGCAAAAGUUAAGUCAGCUCAGCAUAAUGAUAUUUUGGAAACUGCACGCUUUCCUACCACAGGACAACGGCUUCAAACACCCAAGGGUACUUUGUUAAAAUCUAAUUCAUUCAGCACCUUAAAUUCCAAACCAAAAGUUAAACUUGUAGAUGAAGUUGUUCUUCAAAAGCAGAAGGGCGGUAGAGAAUAUACUUCCAUUGAUACGAAGGAGGGGCCUGCUAGAAUCAUAAGCAAAUCUAUGUCGUUUAAAUAUGCAAACACAGGACGUACCAAUGCUCCUGAAUCAAAAGUUAGAAUGCUUUCAUCUAAGUUCACCCAUCUUCAAGAUCCAAAAGGACUGAAACAAGCAAAAGAGCGUGGUACAUUUGAAAGAAAAAUUUUAUCUAAACUGGAUCGUCCUCUGGUCAGUUCAGCAACAGGUAGUACCACCGUUUCGACACCUAAGGUUGACCAAAAGCUCACAUCUCGUGGUGAAACCAGUUUGCCUUCAUUUGUAAGCAACAACCGAGAGUCGAAGGUUGUCCAGUCUGAUGGAAAAUCAAGUUUAUCGAAAGUAACCAGCAGUCUAGGUCGUAAAGGUGUAGAAGUUCCAGUUACUUCAGUUGGAGCUUCAUCUACUAGCGGAAUGUUCAGUUCUGCUGAACAAAAGUUGAACAAGAUUAGCCCUAAGGAUGAACCCGUGUCAACUUAUUCUUUGAAUGCUGAGAGACCAUCCAAUAAUGUUGAUGGAACUGUGCAAGAUGGGUUGCCUAUGACAAAUCAUCAUGAGAAAACUAGGGAGAGUUCCAGUAUUCGCCCAAGGCCUUCUGCUACAAGUGCUUCAAAAGCUGUUUUCUGUCAAAAAUGUAAAGACAUUGGGCAUGCUACAGAGUUCUGCACAAAUGGUACUCCACAUGCUCCUGGUAUUGAUGUAUCUGCUGCAAGAAGUUCUAGAGAGGAAAUGCAUGAAGGCAAUAAGUUGAAAGCUGCAAUUAGUGCGGCUAUACUUAAAAGACCUGAAUUUCACAGGAAGAAAAGAGUGCUUGAUCAACCUGAUGAGUCGUCCAUGUCAAGCACAGGCUUAAAUUAUGAAAUAACUGCUCCUGAUCAAUUGUUGGCUUCAAAUAAGUCUAAGAAUGUCAUGUCCACUGAAGGAAGCUGUGAAAGGCAAGCCAUUCUUGGGAGUUCUACCUUGGACUCUCACAAACAUGCUACUUCUACAGUCAAUAAUUCGAAGCAGUUUACUUUGCACCCCACUGAUGUUUUUUCUUCCAAAGUGGGGGACUCAGAUUCCACCGUGGUUUCUGUUGGAAAGCCUACAAUAAGAGAAUUUCCUAGUCAAGCUUCAACAACAACUGUUCUUCUGAAGACAUCAGCCAUUCCCGAAUAUGAUUUUAUCUGGCAGGGGGGUUUUGAGGUGCAUAAAGGUGGAAAACUUCCGGACUUAUGUGAUGGAAUUCAAGCGCAUCUAUCAACUUGUGCAUCACCUAAAGUUCUGGAAGUGGUGAACAAGUUUCCCCACAAAGUUCCCCUGCAUGAAGUACCUCGCUUGAGCACAUGGCCAUCCCAGUUUUAUGAAAGUGGUGCUAAAGAAGAAAACAUUGCUCUAUACUUUUUUGCCAAAGAUCUUGAGAGUUAUGAGAGAGACUACAAGAGCCUGUUGGACAGUAUGAUGAAGAAGGAUUUAGCCCUCAAAGGAAACCUUGAUGGUGUUGAACUUUUGAUAUUCCCAUCCAACCAACUUCCUGAGAAGUCACAGCGUUGGAAUAUGUUGUUUUUCCUAUGGGGUGUUUUCAGGGGAAAGAGGGUGAAUUGUACUGAUUCUUCAAAGAAGUUACAUAUUCCUAGUUUGAAUGUGGUCCCGCUGGACAAAGAUAUUCCCCCUGCUGUCAUGACUUUGUCCGAGAAUCUAUGUUCACCGAGGCGUAUAGAUGAAGAAUUACCUGCAUGUGACAGAUCUUGCACCAUGGUCCUAACAUCCAAUGCCCCUAAUCAGAUGCAUGUCACAGUAAGUGGGGGUUGUGAUAACAACAAAAAUUCUCUUGAACAGAUGUCUUCAGGAUACCAAGUAGAUUUGGACCAGCAAGAUAGUAGACUUGACUCCAAGUCCAUUUCAAAGAUAGGAACAAGCACUGCACAGUUGAGUCAAGAAAUGAGACGGAGCACUGCACAGUUGAGUCAAGAAAUGAGACGGAGCACUGCACAGUUGAGUCAAGAAAUGAGACGCAGCAGCUCUUCCCUGGUAGAACCUAGUCUUCCGGACAGAUUAGGUGCAGAGCUCAAAGCCUCUCUUGAAGUAACUGCAAAGAGCGGCUCCAAUGAUGGUGACAAGCCACAAAUUGAUUGGGAGAGAGAAAAUAAGAAGUUUUUGAAAAUUCUUCCUGUUGGCAAUAAAGACGUGGGUAUCUUGGGGAGUGUUGGUGAGGACAAAGCUCAGGAUAGAAUGAAUGGAGUCCGAGAUCAAGUUAAACUUGAGAGGGAAUUGAAGGAAGAAGCUGUGUAUAUGGACGGUGGGGCAGCUUUGUUGGACAGAGACCUGACCAAUCACAGGAAACGUCCGUAUUUGGAUCUUUCAGAGACAGCUCCUCAAACUUCUAGUGGCACGAGUCAGAAGAGGCCUUGGCAUGAAAUCAGCAGUUUGUCAGUAGAUGAAGAAAGUGCUGGUAAGAGGCUGAAGUCAGGUUUCAGUGUAAUGUCCGGGCGUAGCAAUUCUAGAGGUAGAAAUUCUGGGGAUGAUAAUUUUGCUUCUCGGGUAAUUGAUCCGGGUCCCAUCUCCUGUAUUGAGGAGAAGAAAUGUGAAGAAGCUUGUGAUGAGAAAGUUAUUCGGGAGGACUUGGGAAGUACUGAAAGGUACUUCUUUCCCGUGGAUUCACAAAGAGGAAAAGAUUUUGUAUUUGGGGACAACUCUGUGCCAUGGAAAAAGCACUCAUCAGAUUGUGAGGACAAAUUACAUGAUGAGGUUCCAAAUCUCGAGCUUGCUUUAGGGGCUGAAAUGAAAUCACCAAAUAAGGGAAUGCUGCCUUUCUUUGUUGGGACAGUAGGCAAGAAAAAUGACCAAGACAAGCCUCCAGAUAAGGUGAAAGAGGAGGAGGACGACGACGGUGUCUCUGCAUCGCUUUCCCUCUCUCUCUCAUUCCCAUUCCCAGACAAAGAGCAGACGGGAAAACCUGUUUCAAAGGCGGAGCAACUCCUGCCCGAAAGACACAAUUUGAGUAACUCACUGCUUCUCUUCGGGGGCUUCCGGAACAAAUAGAACUGCGACCAUGUUUGCAAUAUGUACAUUAGCGUGCCCACAUGGUUGUGUUGAAUGUUUACUGGAUCAUAUCAGCUGAUCUCCAGUGGGCAUCAUAGGCGGACCCAUUUUCCAUAUGUUCAUAGCCAUACAGGAUUUACUAAUUCUUUUUUUUUUUUUUUUUGUCAUUUUAGUUUUUCUGGUCUUUUUUGAGUGCAUACUUACGGCUGAUUGUAUAUAAAGAGAACGAAAGCCGGCACAAUAUCGAAAUGUCAGUAGGACUUCACAGACCAAUGCGUUCGUCAUAAGCUUUUUCCCCCUAUCUCUCUCGCUCUCUCACGCAUCAUUUUCGGAAGGGUUUUUUUUAUUCUCGCUCUCA